AUGCAGCAGCAUCAAUCCGACGAGACCCAGUCCAACGGCGAAUCGUUGCAUCGAGUGGCAGGCAAGAAAGGAUAUGUAUCCUCCCGUGGAGCCUCCAAUUUGGCGCUUCCCAUGCCGUAUCUUGCCGACUUUUUCACUUGCUUGGAAGAUACGUGUGAUGCCAAGACCAAUCCCAAGGGAUACAUUCCAGUGGCCGUGGCCGAAAAUCGACUGGUGACGGACAUCCUGCAGACUCGUCUCAAAACUCUGCAAACGGCACAAGCUGGAUACACAGAUCGCGAUGCCUACUCCUACAAUUCCCCCAUUGGUUUGCCCGUUCUGCGAGAAGCCGUGGCCAAAAUAUUGCAAGAGCGAUUUCUUUCGCCGCAACAACAACAGCAGCAAUCUGCUUCUACCACCAGCACUAUCAAUAAGGACCAUAUCGGCAUUGGUGCAGGAGCUAUCAGUGUCUUGAGCAAUCUAUUCUUUGCUCUGGGUAGUCCCAAAGAUGCUGUAUUAAUUCCGGCACCGUACUAUGCAGCUUUUGACAAUGAUGUUCGAGCUUACGCCGGUUGUGUCGCCGUACCGGUCGUUUGCGACAACCCUGCCAAAGGCCCCUCUCCAAAGGAUCUAGAACAGGCACGAAAGCAUGCCGUAGAAAAAUUGGGGUUGAAUGUAAGAUUCCUACUCUUGACACAUCCACACAAUCCACUGGGAGUGGUCUAUGAGCCCGCCGUUAUGAAACAAGCUAUUGACUGGGCCCGAUCAAACAAGAUGGAUACAGUGGUGGAUGAAAUCUAUGCGCUCUCUGUGUUUGACGAUUCUGAUUCAUGUGAUUUUCAGUCGAUCCUCCAAAUACUCGACAAUGAUCUGGGAGUUGACGUGCAUAUGGUCUGGGGUCUCUCCAAGGACUUUGGUGCCUCUGGGUUUCGAAUAGGCGUCGUAUACACACAAAAUGAAUUGUUGAUUGAAGCAUUAGGCAACUUGUUCACCUUUGCUUGGGUUUCGCAGCCGGUCCAAUUCAUGAUGGCUGAUUUACUAAACGACAAACCCUUUGUGGACGACUUUUUGGCACAAGCUUGUCAACGGCUCAAACACAGCUAUGAACUUUGCACUCGAGUCUUGUCCGAGCUGGAGAUUCCCUUUGUAAAGGCCCACGCCGCCAUGUUUGUCUAUUUGGACUUGUCCGAGCUCAUUUCAACCGUAGAGCAAGAAGAGCAAUUUGGCAAAGUCGUCAUGAAACGGGCUCGAAUGGUCCUGACACCAGGAACAACCCAACACGAUCCAAAACCUGGCGGAUUUAGAAUCUGCUAUGCCUACGUGCCUGCAGAUGUGCUGGAGAUUGGCAUGGAACGAUUACGCAAGGUUGUCACAACAAUUCGCAAGCAAGGAGGGUUGGGAGACUGGGUUGAUGAUGAUUCACAUUGGCAAGACAUUCUGUGA